CAAAUGAUACCGCCUUUUUCUCUACUCUUUCAUCUUCUCCCUCUCACUCUCCCCUGAAGUCGCUGAAACCUCCGUUUCACUCUCCCAACAUGGCGACACCCAUUUCCUGCAUUGCGUUCGCCUUCUUCCUGCUCUUUUCUUCCGUUGCUUCUCCUUCUCAAGCAACACCACGAUCUCAACAACAUGGUGAGCUUUGAUUUCUCCCACUUUAACUUUUAUGUAUUUUCCUUAACUUCUUGUUUGGUUCCCCAGAAUUAAUACCAUUUCUUGCUUCGUUCAAGAAAGCUGAAUUAAUCACUGGAUUUUUACAGAGACAGAGCCCAUUUACUCGAGCUUUGUGUUCAACUCGACGGACUUGCCAUCCGAGGACUACUACGACUACAUAAUUGUUGGAGGUGGGACGGCCGGAUGCCCAUUGGCUGCCACACUGUCACAGUCUUUCCGGGUUCUUGUUCUCGAAAGAGGCGGCGUUGCAUAUGGGAAACCGAACCUGAUGAACCAAGAAGGAUUCUUGGCCACACUCAUGGACGUCAAUACCCCCGACUCUCCCGCCCAAGCCUUCACUUCCGAAGAUGGGGUCCCCAAUGCCAGAGGCCGGGUUCUUGGAGGCAGCAGCGCCAUCAACGCCGGUUUCUACAGCCGGGCGGAUCAGGAAUUUUAUCAGAAAUCGGGGGUCAAUUGGGAUCUCACUCUUGUCAACCAAUCCUACGAAUGGGUGGAGAGGGCGGUUGUUUUCCGACCAGUGUUAAAGAAUUGGCAAUCGGCUGUUAGGGACGGGUUGUUGGAGGCUGGAAUUGAUCCCUAUAAUGGGUUCACUUUGGAGCACAUGGUGGGGACCAAGAUCGGCGGUUCUACAUUCGAUAGUUUAGGACGAAGGCAUAGCGCCGCCGAUCUUCUCAGUUAUGCCAGAGCUUCCAAUAUCAUAGUUGGGAUUCAUGCCACCGUGGAACGGAUACUGUUGGCACAUUCUUCUUCAAAGGCGGGGUCCGGCCCAUCGGCCAUAGGGGUGAUUUAUAGCGACCCAAUUGGAAGGUUUCACCACGCAAUGGUGCGCGAGGAGGGCGAGGUCAUACUCUGCGCAGGUACAAUCGGAAGCCCACAGCUGCUGUUGCUGAGUGGAAUCGGUCCUCGGCCUUAUCUAUCGUCGUGGGGAAUUCCGGUGGCACAUCAUCACCCACAUGUGGGGCAGUUUCUGUACGAUAAUCCGCGGAAUGGGAUAUCCAUAGUGCCGCCGGUCCCCUUGGAGCACUCGCUGAUCCAGGUGGUGGGUAUAACAGAGGGGGGUUCUUACGUGGAGGCAGCUUCCAAUGUGAUCCCUUUUUCAUCCCCUGCGCACUCUGCUUUCCUCAGAGCACCGUCGUCGCGGCUGUAUCUCACAGUGGCCACUCUGAUGGAGAAAAUUCCAGGACCGGUGUCAGCAGGGUCACUGAGGCUGGCAUCAACAGACGUGAGGGUGAAUCCCAUAGUCCGUUUCAAUUACUUCAGCAAUCCGGUGGAUUUGGAAAGUUGCGUGAACGGGACAAGGAGGAUCGGGGAUGUACUGAGAAGCCGGUCGAUGGGGUAUUUCAAGUUCCUUGAGUGGCUUGGGAGGAGGAAUUUCAGGUUCGUGGGGCCUGCAUUGCCGGUGGACCAAUCAAACUUCAGGCAGAUGGCAGAAUUCUGCCGGCGGACGGUAAGCACCAUCUGGCAUUACCAUGGUGGGUGUGUGGUGGGCAAAGUUGUUGACCGAAAAUUCAAUGUCAUUGGUAUUGGAGGACUUCGGGUGGUCGACGGCUCAACUUUCACCCUAUCGCCGGGCACCAAUCCUCAGGCCAGUCUCAUGAUGCUGGGAAGGUACGUCGGGGUCAAGAUGAUCAGAGAGCGAGUGGGUAAAUAGAUGUAUGUUACCAGCAUAUCUCUCUAUAU